AUGCCAAACAUUGACUUUGUCGUUUCUUCGGAGUUCCAUGUCGAUAAGGGGCCGUCGUUGGUGCUGCUGUACCCAAACGAGAUUCCAGGACUCUCCCAGCUAAAUUUCUUCGCCGAGCUCAUGAUCCCUGACCAGAUUCACAAACGCCGUGAAGAUUAUACGUUUUUUCUCCUACAUAAGAACUUCUCGUCGGGCGAGUUCCAGUACAAGUAUAAUCCAACUGAAAGCGAGGCAGAUCCAUACUUUGUGUACACCAUAGUCAAUAAUGUGGAGGACGACUCGGUCAAGCGAGGAUCUGUCAUCAAAGCGCUCAGUAUAGUGACCAAGUUGGUCUAUUUUAAACACUUCAAGCCGCUCCUAUUGAUUGCGCUAGACAUCUACAUACGAAACAACGACUCUGCCGUGUUGAAGGACCUCUUCGAGGCUAUCAACAAAAAAGACUUUCAGGUAAGCCAGCAGAAGCAGUCCUCCAUCAAAAAGUUGUUGAUGACCUCGAUUUUGGAUCUACCGUUGAACGAGAAGUUGUACCUGGAUGAGUCUUUCAGAAACAGAUUGUUGGGCAUUCUGGCCAAAAACAACGACCUCUUCAUCCGUAAGGAUCUAAGCUACAAUUCUGUCGUUUCAUUCAACAAAAUGGAGAUUCCCGUUAAGGUGCCCAUCCUACUUUUGCCCGACACUAUCGGCGACUACCUCAAUCCGACCGACUUGAACUUCAAAUCUAAUCUUAUAAAUAUACUCAAGGCCAGCUUGGCCACUUUUCACCACAAUAACGAGAUGACAGUCUAUGGCUCGGCAACACCGCCGAUCAUCAUUCUCCUUAAUGCUAUGCUCACAGGAAAGAGAAUUCUAUUUGUCAGUUACGAUAAUUCUGCAGGAUACAUCAUCGACCAUGUAUUGGUGGCAUUGAAGCUUAUUACUGGCGGAGGCAUUCUCACGGACUUUUUGACAAACUAUAAUGUCUUUCCACUCGUGGAUGUGUCGAAGGUCGAUCUCUUGAGCGAAUGUGACUCGUAUCUCGCAGGAACAAUCAAUCCAUUUUUCAAAGGCAACGAUUCACUUUGGGACUUGCUCUACGACUUGGACGCAAACGAGUUCCAUGUUUCUUCCCAUGUUGCCCAUGUUGAACAUGCGAAGUUUUCUAUCAUCGCAGAAGACGCUAGGUUUCUCUCGAGCUUGCAGCUCUCUCUAUUCAGCUGUAAUGACGAUCUCACCACCAUUCAGCUUAUCAUUAGAAGACACGUUAAUGAGCUUGCACGGAUAUUGCUCUCACAAAAGAACUUCGUGUCCAGUCUCCCUGAACAUAAACAAUUCACGCUUUUGAUGGAUGGCGUGGGCUACUUUUGGUACAGCGACGCCACUAAGCUUGAAGAGAUGUCGUGCUACCAAAAUGUGAUCAGCAAAUUCCAAGAGCUUUUGUUCGCCGGAAAGUUCAACUAUACUCUCAUGCUUCCCAAGCUCUCCAAUGAACUCAACUUGAUGGUCGAUCUCCAGCACCAUUUGCAGAAGCUCCACUGUAUGUCUCUGACUCCACAGGGAGGGCUCUCUAUCAAUGAGCAAGAGAUCUGGUACAACAUGCUCAAGUACUUGAUCAGCGGCAAGUCAGUGGAGACCUUCAUGCUAGCAACGUACCUCAUUCCACCGCACACAUCCACAAGCGUGAACUCAUCCAUGCAUGGGGGCAGUCUCACGAUUUUCGACAAGAACAAGGGCAUGGAGCUUUUGGUGCUCAACUUGUUCAAUGCCGAUGACCGAGUCAAGUCCAACGUGCUCAUGAUCUUGAAAGAGUUGCAGGAUAACCUCUUGUGCGGAUGGUGCUUCAACAGCUUCGUGGAGACCAACUACAUGUAUCGCCUUGCCUUUGAUGAGGUUUCCGCGCAAAUUUUAUGA